CCAUUCUUUCCUUCAACACCGAAGAAUCCCUUGCAAAAUAGGAUUUGUAAUAAAUGAGCCAUAACAUGCAAAAGCACUUGCAUGCUCUUAAAGUAAAUGUCAUGGAUUUUAUUUACCUCAAAAUGGUGAGUGCAUAAAAUGACUGCAGACCACAAAAAUAUUUGACUUCAUGAGCAGAUCAUGUUUUUAUUAGAUUUAGUUGUGGUAAUGUACUUUAUAAGUGGAACAUAUCCAGAUCUUUGCAUGGAUUGCAAACCAUAAAUGCCACAGAAACAGCCCAGGGAGCGUCUGCUGGCUGUGUCUUCAUACUUGUUUGCGAUCAAAGCUCGUUUUUAGAUAUUUCUCUCUUCUCCAACCUCUCCUCUGUCUCCUUGGCUACUUUCCCUAAUGUCUGAAUAAGAACAUCAAAGAAAUACAAAGGGGUGAGUGACCACUUUCUCUUUAUAUAGCAAAGAGAAAUACCACAUAAAAAUGAAAAUAACAUUUUUGUAGCAGUCUUUUUAUGGAUUGGAUUUCAACCAAGCACAAAAACACUGGGUGCCCCUUCCUUCUGGAAUCGAUACCCCCGUUUCUUAAGCUCUCCUUAUGCUGAAAAGAACUCCCCGUCACCUUGUCUUAUGUGGUUUUCGCCAACAAGUUGGGAUUGUUGGGAAAUUCCUUUUUAUUUCUUCUUUUUGUACUAUUUUUUUGGGGCAUUUUUGGCCUUUCAUCGGACAGUUGGAAGUAGAAGGGAACAGAAUGAGGUGCGUGAUGUGCAACAGAGGUCAGCCUCAAUCAAUAUUGUGGUUGUGGAAGAGCUGUCCUUCCUCUGCUUCCGUUAAGGUUUGAAGGGCUUUUGGUGAGUCUUUCCUCAUCUGAAUCAAGCGUCUGAGGGCAGCAGGUGCCAUAUGUUGCACAGAUUGUAAAGCCCUCUGGAUCAAAUUUGGGAUUUUGGGCUGUAUAAACAAAAUAUGGGCUAGUACUGACUAAAGCAUGAGCGGGCUCUUCUGUAAACAUCAUGUCAUGUAAUCAAUGCGAAGCUUAACUGACCUACUAUCAAGUAAAUGUCAACAAAUUUGUUUUCAUUUAACGAUGUCAAUCAAAUUCAAAUGAGUCGUUUUUCAAAAAUGCGGCUUUGGAUUAAAUCAACAUUUAUUGCAAAGAAGAUGGGACAGAAAGAGAGGAAUCACAGGGUUGACUGGAAGAUUUUGACUUCAGGCAGUUUGCAUUUGAUGAGGAGGAAAUCCCUCUCCGCCUUCAGAGGCUUCCUCCAAAUGUCUUUGAAAUCACGUGGUGCUGCCGUAGAUCUUCGGCUCAGGACUGAUAGAAAACAGACUUCCCAGCUGUGCAGUUCAAAAGUCGUAUUCCAGAACCACAUACACUGUGUUUCAGGGGAAAUUAGCAACGUGACACUUGUCAAGGUGACGUCAGCUUGCUUGUUUAGUCUGAAGAGUGCCUUUAAUAUCCCAAGUAGAUAAUCAAAGUCUCCUUUUGAAACACUUUAGUUGAUCUACUUUGUCUCCUUGUCUUUGCAGUGACUUGUCCUUGCAGUGGGGUCAGCUGUCGAGACCUUACUCCUCCACUGACCGAAGCAGUUCUCUGGGCUCCAUGGAGAGCUUGGACGCACCGACAACCACCACGCAGCCAUACUCCGACUCCCAUAACUCCCCCGUCGACCCCACCCUCUUCAACGACAAGAGAGACUCUGCCUACAGCUCGUUCUCCGCCAGCUCAAACACAUCCGACUACGCCACGGUGCCGCUAAGGCCCGGUGACGCCUGCUCCAUGGACAACCUCCUCCAGAGCCUGGGGCCGGCUUGUCGAGGAUACCCGAGCGGUGAUACCUCAACCCUGGGGACUGCCUCUGGCGAGGCCCCGGAUGAGGUGCAGCUUAUUGUACUCAAGUCCAGGUCCCUGACCAGGCCAAGAGCAAGGCCUGUUCAGGUAAAAGAGAGGCCUUCCUCCUGCUGUUACGAGGGAGGAGACUUUGAGAUCAUAAGAAAUGGAGAAAGAGGAACUGAGAGAAAGAUGAACCCUCCUCAGCCUCCAACCAGGAAGGACAGUUUUAGGGCAACCCGGACUCGGCCUAAUGCCGCCAACAAACGGUGCGUCUCCGCUCCAAUUGAAAUUUCCAGUGUUUCCUUUUACCCUGACGAAAACAAGUCCUCUCUGAAUGUUGAAUCAGGAAUUCUUAACGGCUUCCCUGCACCAGAAGAAGGUGACAAAACUGGGAAUUUAAAAGCGGAUACCGUAGACUCGCACUAUAUCCAAAGACAGACAGAAGACGUGAGACAUAUCAGAUGUGAUCCUCGCACUAAUAAAGGCUACAAUUCAGAGACGACCUCAGAUCACGUCUCUGAUCCUGUGACGUCCUCACUAGUCACCGUCACCUCCUCUCGCCCUGGCUCCUUGCCUGCAGAAUCCUCCGUUGCGGUUCAAGAGGAGUCUCAUAUCACGCACUCCCAGACUAAGCACCAUGCUAAACAACUUCAGUUAUUGCAGUGUAAUAGCGACGGCUCUUCUUUGGAGCCUUGCAAUCCGUCGAACACUUCUGAUCCCUCCUUGUCCCCUUGUAGCAGCCAGUGGUCCCAUUCAUCUCUUCAGCCCACGGGGGAAGACCAAGAAGCUUCUCACAACCAACUCCACGCGCCAUCAAACAAGUGGGGGGGCAGCCGUUGCUCGACCCCGGGAUCUGUGUUCUUAGAAGGGGAUGAUGAUGAUGGAAACUCAAGUAAAAGGCUGGAUGGGAUGGGUGUAAAUGGUGGGCCUCACCACACAUGGGGCCGCUCUGUGAGCGUACCGGGGGACCCCACUAGAUUGUCAACCCAGGGAAGGUUAAGCUCUGACCAGAUACUAGAGAGAGAUUUUGAGCCUCUUAGCGCUGCUGCCAGUGUGGAUACAUUACUUGAGGAGCAGAAGGAAUUGGAUAGAGGAGGAAGUGAAGGUAAAAGUAAGGAGGGUGUAGCAGAAGAGACAGACAUGAAGAAGUCAACUGCGUCCAGGAACUAUCGUCGAAACCGUCGUCGUAGCGAGCGAUUUGCUACUAACCUCCGCAAUGAGAUCCAGAGGAAAAAGGCCCAGCUUCAGAGGAGUCGUGGCCCAGGAGGGUUGCUCUGUAGUGGGGAAACUGUCCAGGAGGAAGAGGGUCCAGACCUCAAUGAAGAGGGGGCAGAGCCUGAACUGCCCGCCCAGGAGAGGAGUACCACAGUUGCAUUUGCCUCACCUGCUAGUCCCCAAGAUGCCAGCACCACAGCACAGGCUGAGAAAACAAAACCCGCAAGUGAAUCAAACGAUGACGCCUUGCAGACUCAGUCAACAACCUACACUCAGAACAACAUCCCAUCCAGGUCCGUCCAGAUUGUGGACACAGCAGUGCCCAGUUUUGGUGUCGGCGUCGCCGUCCGAGUCGUGGAGGAACCGGCACCUGCUGGCAAAGCCCGCCGCUGGCGUUGGACCCCCGAGCAUAAACUCCAGCCGGAACCAGAACCAGAACGGCGGUGUGGAGUCUCGGGUGACAAGACGUCGGGAGCCACGGGGUCACGGCAUGGGGUUUGUGCCUUCACCUCCUCAUCCACUUCCUCAUACAGUCGCUCCUCUUCCAGUUCUCGGACGGAGGACUCGGAUAUCCUUCCGUUUGCAGAUAGAAUGAAGUUUUUCGAGGAGACAAGCAAAGGUGCGUCUAAUAUCUCGAGUCUGUCGAGUCGCAGGCAGAAGAAACCCCUGCAUCAUCUGGAGCUCCAGGGAGGGGAGCUCAAUCAGAGGAGAUACUCCUACCAGGGGGGGCUUCAGCAGGAAAGCGCGCCGCUUCAAAACACUACGGAAGCCAGGAGGAUGUCCGUGAGCACCAGCAUGGAGAGGCAGAGAGAGAAGCAAGCCAGAGAGAGGGAGGACAGGGCGAGGGAACGGGAGAAGGAAAGACAGGAGAGGGAGUUAGAAAUGGAGAGGGCGAGACUGAAGGAGAUUCAGCGGGAGAGGGAACGAGAAGAGAGGGUGAGACAGUGGGAGAGGGAACGAGAGAGGGAGCUUGAGUUGGAGAGGGAAAAAGAGAAGGAACGUCUCAAAAGAGAAAGAGAGAAGGAGCUUGAGAGGGAACGAGAGAAGGAAAGGGAAGACGAUGCUCAGCUCGGCUCACAUCGGGAGUCUUACGGCACCAAAGAAAGAAACCAGGAUUUCCAACACAACUUCCAGCCUCAGGCAUUCUCCCACGGCCACACCCAGAGUCAAGUCCCGAGAUCGGCUUUUCAUCCCGUCAACACACCUUCUCAGCUCCUGGAGAACCAGCAGCCUCUUCACCAGGGUUACACAGCGAGGUGCUACACGCCCACAGAGAUGCAUCCCGCCCGGCAACAGGAAACGCCCACGCUCAACAGGAAGUGCAGCCUGACUGAGAGGGACUACUCCAGCUGGAGACGGGAGUCCAGACCUCCAGAGAGCGUUAAUCCGCAUCAUCAGCACCAGCAGGGUCGAUGGGGCCACAGACGGGCCGACAGCGGGGACGAUCGCAACGGACACUCGUUCGCUCUGCCGCCGCCGGCUCCUCUCUCGCUGCGAGGACGAGCCAUGUCCGAAAACGACCUCCACUUUGCCAGCGGCAGCCACCGCUGGUCGCCGUCGAUUUCUGUGGCGACCAGCCAGACCCUGAGCGAGGUGGAGGAAGGAGUGGGCGGAGUCAGGGGAGGAGAAGACGACGGCGCCGCCCGCCCAAACAGGAAGAAGACGCCACCUCCGCCGAGACCGCCGCCCCCAAAGUGGGAGCAGUUCCACCGCAGGCGUGCGUCUCACCACGCCUUGUUCACCUCCUCCUCCUCUUCUUCACCUCACGCCACCCCUCCGUCCUUCGGCGCCGCAGAGUCGCACCAUCCGACCCACUCCUUGUCGUGCAUCCCUCCGCCUGAGACGUCCAGGCAGAGGUCCUACAGUCUUCCUCCAGAGAGACAGGAAGUCUCCGAGGGCUGCCCGCGAUGCAGCUGCGGCCAAACCAAGGAACUCUCCCACGCCUCGUCCAAUCAGAAUCAGGCUCCGCCCAGUCCCAUGUUCUCCAGGAGGAGCUUCAGGCCAGUGGCUCCGCCCCCAAAAGAGAGGGACCUGAGGGGCUCGUAUGGCGGCCAGCAGGAGAGGGUGGAGGUUUUACCGUUGCUUCCUCCACCUCCGCCUCCGCCAACAGAGAGCAGUUUAUCCGAGAUGAUCGUCGGCCCCGACCAGGAGAGAGUAACAGUGAAACCUCACAAUCAGCAGUCCAACGCGAGACCAGGAGCCGAGUGGGAGAGAGCCCCGUCUCCCAGAGUUCAUAGCGACUCGAACCUGCCACCUGUCCUAGAAAACGGAGGCGUCUUACCUCCCGAAUCCUACUUCUCCGUGCACUACGAGCAGCAGCAGCAGCUUCGUAUGAACCGGGGCUUCCAGACCAUCGAGCCCCAGAAGAUCCCCGAAUCGGAGACGACCCUCAGUCCGAGUCCCGCGCACAGCCUGGACGUGGACCUGGACAUCCCGAUGGAAACGGACAUCGACGACUUCCAGGAGGACGACGGGCUCCCGGCGGAGGACGAGCCGAUCACCAGCGAGCUCCCUUGCUUCGCUCUGCCGGUCACGGUCCUGGAGACGGACAUCGACACCGAGGUGAGGGCGGAGAGCGGCUCCCUGGAGGAGGAAGAGGAGGAAGAGCUGGAGGACGGAGAGAGGCUGAGCCUGGAGGAGCUCUUCCCCCAGAGCGGUGAGGGAGAGUCGGGCAGGGAGAGCUGGAGAGGGGCCUACCAAACCACGGAGCACAGCACCGACAGCUUGGACAGGCGGUCCGGUGCGAGCUCCAGCUGUUCGUCCUAUUACAGCACUUCAGCCGCCAAAGCUCAGCUCCUGUCCCAGAUGAAGGACUUCACCGAUAACAGAGACAGAAACGCGGACGACGAGCUCACGUACAAGAAGCAGCUGAUGGAGAGUCUCCGCAAGAAGCUGGGAGUGCUGAGAGAAGCUCAGAGGGGUCUGCAGGAGGACAUCAGAGCCAAUGCUCAGCUAGGAGAGGAGGUGGAGAGCAUGGUGGUGGCGGUGUGCAAACCCAACGAGGUGGACAAGUUCCGCAUGUUCAUCGGCGAUCUGGACAAAGUGGUGAGUCUGCUGCUGUCGCUGUCCGGGAGGCUGCUGCGGGUGGAGACCACGCUGGACACUCUGGACCCGGAGACGGAGCUCCACGAGAGGCUCCCCCUGCUGGAGAAGAAGCGUCAGCUCAUGAGGCAGCUGUCCGAGGCUCAGGACCUGAAGGACCACGUGGACCACAGAGAGCAAACCGUCAGCCGGGUGCUGGCCCGCUGCCUCUUGCCCGAGCAGCACCGAGACUACAGCCACUUUGUGAAGAUGAAGGCCGCCCUGCUGGUGGAGCAGAGGCAGCUGGAGGACAAGACCCGGCUGGGCGAGGAGCAGCUGAGGGGGCUGAGGGAGAGCCUGGGGAUCGGGAUCGGGAUGGGAAUGUCGAUGGGAUACGGACAUUAUUGAAGAAAAGUGAACCUGAAGAGGUGAAGAAGCAGGGGGCUUGUAGUCACAUUAAGUCAGUGAAAGACACCGAGAGAAGGAAGAAUGAUGAAGGAAGAGGAAGCAAACAUGCACGUCUCUGAAAGGAAAGGUUUGAUGUUUUGGAUAAAUAUGCGUCAGUCUUUUGCUGCGUUCCAUUUGAACUGGGAAGACGGAAUUUAAUAAGUUAUCGGUUGGAAAUUUCAACUAGAACGCCGCCUGAAGUCCAGACCAAACCCCGCUUACACCCCGACCUCAAAAUCCAAGAUGGCUGCUCAGCGCAUCAGCAGUAGAAAAGCUGUAAUGAUACGCUGUUUAUUUAUAAAAUCAGUCAGACGUACAGAGGUGUCCAACUUCUGUAUGUUGCUACAAUGUUUGUAUGCGCAAAAUACCGGUGUAAUGCGUUAUUAUCAACUGGUAUUGCUAACACUGGCUAAUAAUGGCUCACAGUGGCUAACAAUAGCUAAGAGUGGAUAACAGUGGAUAACAUGGGCCAACAGUGGAUAAUAGUGGAUAACAGUAGCUAAGAGUGACUAACGAUAACAAACAGUGGAUAACAAUAGCUAAGAGUGGAUAACAGUGGAUAACAUGGGCUAACAGUGGAUAAUAGUGGAUAACAGUAGCUAAGAGUGACUAACGAUAACAAACAGUGGAUAACAAUAGCUAAGAGCGGAAAAACGUGGCUAAGAGUGGAUAACAAUAGAUAACAAUGGAUAACAGUGGCUAGCAAUGUCUAACAGUGGAUAACAAUGGCUGGAGCAAAACCCCUUAAAGUUUUCCAACUAGUUGUACUGGAGCGCAGUCAACUCGGGUGUGGCACUAUUCCCAGCUCUGACUUCCGAUUUCCAAGGCUAAUGCUUAGGUUAUGCUAAGCUAAGCUAACCGUCUCCCAGCUUCAGCCUCGUAUUUAGCGACCCAAAAUGUCAAACUGUUCUUUUAAGGGUUAACAGAGAUCCAGAAGUUUCAGCACACACUCAUAAAAAUACAUGAUAUCCUCUGCUUCACACUAUACAUGUACUGUAUUAAUGACACUACGUUGCCAAAGACAUUUUCUCUCUUGAAUGUGUCGCUGAGACGCUGCUUUAUUUUGUGUUUCAUUCUGUAUUUAAAUCUCCUGGUUCAGAGAAUCGAAGGAGACCGUUAGCAACACGUAGUCAAUUUAUUGAGAUGCAGCAUUAUUAACUGAUGUUUUUUUUUUAUUUGUAUUCACGUUUGUUGCUGGCUGACACCUGCUUUCAGCAAUACAUAUACUGUAUUAUCUCCUAUAAUAUUACAAUACUUUGUACUCUAAACAUGCUUUACUGUGUGGGGUUUGAGACUCCGCUGACUCGUCACAUGAUAACUGAUAUGUACAGAAGACACUUGUGUUUAUAAUGUAUACAAUGUGUAUAUACUGUUGUUUUUUGACUGGAAUAGGUUGUAAAAAAUUGGUUGUAAAAGAUGAACGAGGAGACGGAGAUGAGUCGGCGUUUACUGUAUAUUUUAAAGGGGAAGAGUUGUAGUUUUUUUGUCGACAUCUUCUCAAAACUUAAAAAGUUUUUCUGUCCCAAACUGUCGUGUAAAGAACGCUUAUUUUUUAUUUUUUUUGCUGAGAUGAGACGAUUAGGAUCACUUUUUAUGUUUGUAUGCUAAUAAUAGCGUAGCUUAGCAUAAAGACUGGAAACGGGGGGGAAACAGCUAGCCUGGCUCCCUCCACAGUGACACAAUCCACCCACCAGCACGUCUAAACCACAUUACACAAACAAGAUAUAACCUUCAUGUUUCCGGUCUUCGUGCUAAGCUAAGCUAAGCUAACUGGCUGCUAAAUUUAGCUUCAUAUUCAACACAGAUAUGAGAGUGGUGUCCAUCUUCUCGGCAAAAUCCCGGCAAGAGAGCAAACAAGUCUGUCUCACAAAAAUGUCAAACUAUUGCUUUAAAUUUUAAGUAAAUUGUUUGUUUUUUUGUAGGUUAAAGUGCCAAAACUCAGUCUGUUUUUCCUAAUUUGUGCUCUGACCUGCCUUGACGUCUUGCGAUAUGCGACGUUGCCAAAGUCUCCUGAGCUUUAAACCGUAAACUAAACCUGCUCCGGCUGCCGUAGUAAAUCAAAUGAAGGAAAAACAAACAGCUCAACAAGAGAUGGGGGGGUUUGAAGAGGAAAUGUGUAUAUUUUGGCUGCUGAAGUUAAGUGAGAAAACAGACACCCUUUGUCCUUUUCUACUUUUAUUAGCUUCAACAAAUCUACAGCUGAAAGUUAAUUAAAAGUUAGUUUGUUCUCGUUUUGAUUCCUGUGUUUUGACACCAAACAAACCCCAAAUAUACUUGUUCUGUGUUGUACAUAUUACGUUUAUUCUUGUACUAUAACGGCCAUUUUUCUAAACCGACUGGAAGCGCAUCGACUCGACGAGAGGAAAGAAAGUUUGCUUGUUGAGAGUGUAUUCUGUUCAUGUUUGUUUUCUAUGUAAUUUUGAUUUAUUACAUUAUUUUUUGUGUGU